AUGCAACAAGGAGAUUACAGCUCCUAUUAUCAAUACCCUCAUUCAAACCCUAACCCUAGCCCGAAUCCGAAUCCGAAUCCAUCCCCCACCGAAUUUCACCAACCGCCCUACGCGUCGGCGCCGCCGUUUACAUCCGGUUACGCCUCCUCCGAUUACUCUGUUUAUCCCCCAAAUUACCCUCCCUAUACCCAAAAUCUUGAUCCUGUCCCUCCUACUGCUCCCUCUUAUGCUCCAUCGUCAGGCGCAGCAACUCCAACGACACCGACGCUAACUUCACAAUCGUCCUUCAAUCAACAACCUAUAGCGCCGCAGUCGGCGGCCGCUGCUCCUUCUUUCCCGCCUUAUGAUUCACAUGUUCCCUAUCAGCCGCCGACUUCCCAGCCACCUUAUUACGAGCCGUAUGAUCAACAUCAGACGGCUCCCAGCUAUGGCCCUCCUCCAUCAAACCCUAGCCCUACCCCCAAUACGCCCUAUUAUUCAGCCCCAUAUAGCCAAGGAUCAUCUGUAUCCUCUGUCCCACCUGCAUACGACAACCCUUACGAUAACUCUAUGAAAUUCGAUCACAGCAGUGUCGGUUAUUUCGACGAGAAAUUCGGAGGAGGCUAUGGCCGGAGUAGAUCCGAUUUAGGAUCCGAUCUCUACGGGAAGCGAUCGGAUAGCUAUUCACGAUAUGGUGAUGAUGGUGCUUAUGGGGACGGUAUUUAUGCUUAUGAAGGAGGCAAGGUGGAGCCUUAUGGGGCACGUGGCACAGCUCCGAAAUCGUCGACUUGGGUUCAAUUCGAUGAUUAUGGUCGUUCUAUUAAUUUCCCUUCUGGGAAGGACUCGUCGGGCGGGUCAAGUUCAGUUUCUGGUAAGAUUGUGAGGGCGGUGCCAAAGGCAGAGACCCAGCAAGAUGUAAAGAGUGGGGUCCAGAAGUUUCGGGUUAAGUUGUUGUCUGAAGGUGGAGGACAGGGCCCCAUGGAUGUACUUUGCCAGAUUGGUUUGGAUGGUAUUCGAAUGCUUGACCCAAGUACCAGUCGAACAUUGAGAAUAUAUCCUCUUGAGAACAUCACAAGAUGCGAUGUGACCGACUCAUCUACAUUUGCAUUCUGGUCCAAGAGCUCUGUUGACUUUGAACCAAGGCGGAUCAGGUUGCAAUCCAACAGUUACACUACAAACACCCUUCUGGAUACUGUAACAGCAGCAACUGUACAGAUCAAGGAGAUGGGUGGGAGAAGCCAGCCUCCCGAAUUUCUGAAGACUACUGAACAACCUGCAGAAAAGAAGAGAGGACUUGCUGAUUGGAUGAACUUGAUGAAGCCUGGCAUGGAGGAGAAAGAUCAUUGGGUUCCUGAUGAAGCUGUUUCAAAGUGCACAGCAUGUGGAACUGAUUUUGGGGCUUUUGUGCGGAAGCACCACUGCAGGAACUGUGGGGAUAUUUUCUGUGACAAGUGUACCCACGGUAGAAUUGCUCUAACUGCUGAUGAGAAUGCUCAGCCAGUUCGGGUUUGUGACCGAUGCAUGGCUGAAGUGACUCAGAGGUUGAGUAAUGCUAAGGAAGCAGCAAGUAAACCUGCUGGAAUACAGAGUCAUGAGGAUCUUGCUAGGAAGCUUCAGGAGGAGAUGGAAAAGAAUCGCAGAUCAGCAUCAGGCUCCAAGUCUGAUGGAUCCGGUAGGCGGAUGAAGGAAGUUGCCUGUCCUACUUGCACUGUUCAUUUGCAGGUCCAAGUUCCCAGUUCCGGUUCUGAGACCAUUGAAUGUGGGGUUUGCCAGCAUCCUUUCCUUGUUAGUGCCCAUUGAUCUUGCCAGCGAUGGGUCUUAAUUCACUCAAUUAAUUUCUUGUUGAUUUUAUUAUACUGGUUGAGGUUUUGAUUAUUAUUUAUAAUAAGAAGGAUUAGUUUGUGCAUUAAUCAUUUCUUUGUUCUAAAACUCGGUUGUUCUGCUGUCAUCUUUUCUAGUUAAGUGUGUAUAUGAAGUUUUCUGUGAAUGUCGAGUCAAUCUCUGUAUAAAGUUGACAGGCCACUUAUAAUUGCUAGAGUGCUUUCCAUGCCA